CUCGUGAUUUUGUUUGUUCUCCACCCCGGUCGCAUCUCGAUUUCCAGGCAUCGGGGUCGGAGAACAGCUAGAUUUUGUGGCGGGGAAGGGGGAGAGGGGUAGGACGACCAGGGAUCAAGGAUGAGCGUCAUCGAUAUCCUUACGCGAGUCGACGUAAUCUGCAAGAAGUACGAGAAGUACGACGUCGACAAGCUCAACGCCGAUAAUGUUUCCGGCGACGACGCCUUCGCCCGCCUUUACGCGUCCGUCGAGUCGGACAUCGAGUCCGCCCUCCAGAAAGCGGAAGCAGCCUCCAACGAGAAGAAUCGGGCGGCAGUUGUGGCGUUGAAUGCCGAGAUCCGCCGAACAAAGGCGCGGUUGUUGGAGGAGGUCCCGAAACUGCAGAGGUUGGCCGUGAAGAAGGUAAAAGGGCUCUCAAAGGAAGAAAUUGCUACACGGAGCGACUUGGUAUCAGCUCUACCGGACAGGAUUCAGUCAAUUCCAGAUGGGAGCACGAAUGGUGCAAAAGCUGGUGGCUGGACAGCUUCUGGUUCUCGCACAGAUAUUAGAUUUGACUCUACUUCAGAUGGAAGAUUCGACAGUGAGUACUUUCAGCAGACUGAAGAGUCAAACCAAUAUCGGCAAGAGUAUGAGAUGCGCAAAAUGAAACAAGAUCAAGGUUUGGAUGUUAUAUCUGAAGGACUGGAUACACUUAAAAACAUGGCACACGACAUGAAUGAAGAAUUGGACAGGCAAGUACCUUUGAUGGAUGAAAUUGACGCGAAGGUGGACAAGGCUACUUCUGACUUGAAGAAUACCAAUGUCAGGCUUAAGCAGACUGUUAAUCAGCUUAGAUCCAGUCGCAACUUUUGCAUUGAUAUAAUCUUGCUGUGUAUUAUUCUUGGUAUUGCUGCGUAUCUGUACAACGUUCUAAAGAAAUGAGAUGCAUAUGAGACUAUCAAUCUCCCAUCUGAUUGCGCAUUUGUAUUUCUUCAUGGAGGAAAAUGUUUGUGUUCGCGUAUUGCGUUGCUUCUUCUUUCUAAUAUUUUUUAUCUCGAGUUUAUUGCACUUUUGUUGUAUUGCUACACAAAAACUGAGCUACAUUGCAUUUCCUGCUGACUGAGUGUGUAAUUAUUAUAUUUAUAGUACGCUACUGUAUGUGACA